AUGACGACGACGCAAAAAGUUUUAAAAGGGAAGAUCUUGUUUCUUCAUGGCUACACCCAGCUGGCGUCGAUUUUCUACGCCAAGUCGCUGGCGCUCCGCAAAAAGUUGACCAAGCUUGGCUACAAAGUGGUCUACCUCCAGGGCCCGCUCAAGUUGACGGGGGUCGAUCUCCCGCAAUCCCUCGGCGAUUUCAACACCGUGGUCAAAGACGAUGAAGACAACAACCUCAGGGCGUGGUGGGUGAAAAAGAAGCACACCAAUAGUGAUGUCGACAUGCUGGCAGCGUUCGACACUAUCCGCAACUACGUUGACAAACAAGAGCUUAUUGAAGACCCCGAUAUGAAAGACACCACUGAAACCGAAGAAGAGAGAAAGCUCCCCAUCGUGGGGCUUAUUGGUUUUUCUCAAGGGGCAGCGAUGGCGGGUUUAGUGGCGCUGACAUGGAAGGAAACUUUUGGUAAGCCCGAAUUGAAGUUCUGCGUGUUAUACUCGGGCUUUAAGCUUGACACGUCGGAGAAAUCCGGUAACGAACAGUACGCUAAAUACUACGCGGAUAAGCUUCCCGGCUCGCUUAAGCUUUUAACUGUCUACGGUGAACUAGACACGGUGGUGGAAGAAGAACGGCUGUUAUCAUUGUAUAACUACUACAAGCUGCAGCUGGACCUUUUGAAACACCCCGGCGGCCACUUUGUGCCUAAUUCCAAGGUGUAUGUCGAACAGGUGUGCAACUGGAUCGAGUCGUUGGAUGCGGCGAAACCCGAGGAAAAGAAGGAGGAGUCGCUCGACGACUUGCUUGAUAUGAUGGACAACCUCGGCAAGGCUUAA